AGAACAUCCAAAACAAAUAUAACAUGGCGCUGUCGGCUGGUUGACCUAUUUUCCGGGUAUUUUAGAGCUGUAUAUAAUCAAGAAAACUCCCUAGUUUCAGUCAGUCUAUUUCGUUAAUAUGCGAUGGAAAGGAUCGGGAUGAUCACCGUGUACAUAUCUGUACUAUUAUUUCAUGUAAACUGUGCCACAUUAACUGGGCGCCUGGCCUACUUUGAGACGCUACAUCACCGUGACUUCUCACAUGUGAUACAUAGACGUAGUCUCCACACACAGACACCAAGCCAUAGAGAAGUGGCUUUUAGUGCACUGGGCAGGCGGUUCCAUCUGUUCCUCCAAAGCCAGCGUGGCCUGCUGUCGCCAGGGUUCCAAGCCUAUGCUGUAGAUGGUGCGGGGAAGAAGAAGACCAUUAGUGUAGACCCUGAUGAGGUGUAUAGUGGAUAUGUAGAGGGAGAGCCAGACUCUAGUGUCCUGGCGUAUUUUGAAGACAAAGACCUGUCAGCUACCAUCAAAACACCAGAAGACACCUAUGUUAUUGAGCCCUCGUGGCGCCACCUAUCCAAGUCAGAAAACUACAGCAUGAUAGCGUACCGAGGGUCAGACAUGGAGAAGGAGUUCAACAGAGAACAUCCUAACCACAUUGGCUCCCAGUUUUGUGGUGCUAUUAAAGAGGGCUGGAAUGCCACAGACACCAGUGAGGAAGACACAGAUAAAGAUGAUGACACAGCAUCGCGUGCCAAACGCCAAACAACCUUCACACGGCGCAGGUGCCCGCUGCUGCUGGUGGCAGACUAUAAGUUCUAUGAGGAGAUGGGGCGCGGUGCGGAGGAAGAGAUGGGUGGUCUAAAGAGGACCACCACUUACUUGAUAGCGCUGAUCGCCAGGGUGAACCACAUCUACAGAAACACCUCCUUUGAUGGUCUGGAUGACUUCGGCUUUGAAAUCAAAGAAGUCCGUGUCCAUGAGACAGCAACAGUGCCUUCUGACCCAAAACGUCUCCACUACAACAUGGAUAUCCAGAAGGCGCUUAACAGGCAGUGGGAUACCAGAGAGUUACUAGAGGUAUAUGAUGAGGGUCAUGUGUUGAUGAGGGG